AUGGCUGCCGAGCCCACAGCUGACAACGCGGGCGACACGCUGAUGGCCGACCUUUCUCCAAGACAACAGGCUACCCAACGAUUUGACGACGGAAGCCCGAGGCAAAUCAGGAAGACGAUGGCCACGUUUGAGGAACAUCGAUCGGACCCUGAUGCGCAGACUACGGUUACCGAUUUCCUCGACUUCACCGAGUACCUGCCAUCAGAUAUCAUACGCUCCCUUACUCUCAUCGAGAAGCACGACCACCAAUAUGUUGAUUCGUCCACCCGGGUCUACGAGCUCACUAAAACAUGGGGCCAGCUUCCUACACUCCAGGCGAACGAACGGCCGUCGCCGGUCCAGCUGCGCGCAGACAUCUCAGAGCACUUGAACCAGGCGGUUAGCUCCCGCAUCUUUGCUCAUGCCGAGUCGCUGCGCAUGUCUGAAAACGUGAACCGCCACUAUAACAAGGCUAAGCUUCUGCUGUCAAAGCUCCAGGCGAUGCUGGACAACUAUCCUACCGAGAAGCAGCAAGCGUUGAGCCCUGGUUUGUCGCGGUCUCCGCAACUUUCCAGGGCCAAGUUACCUGGUCGUUCUGGGGAAGACGGCGAGCAAAAGGUGCGACAGAAGCGGAUGCCGAAAAUCAUGGUCCCUGGCGAAGUUCUUGCACCGUAUGAUAUCGAAUACGAUACCUUUACCGAUGGGAGCGAUGUCAGUACAGAUAAUGAUGAUGACGAUGUGCCGGCAACUGUCCGAAAAAACAUGUCUGCAACGCCCCGUAUCAAAUUGGUAUCCAGCACCCCGAGACCUCCCAAAUCUUCCCAUCGCUCUACCCGUCCUGCUUCGCACACAACUCCUGCAAGCGCAGAGGCUGUAGCGGCCCAAGCGGCAGCCCUGCUUAACCCCCCACCAGAGAAUGCCGUCAUUGGUAGCACCGAUGCGCCUUGGCUUCAACUCACCGAGUAUGAGUUGGCAAAGCUGCGAAAGCGGAUGAAGAAGAAUGCCACCUGGACACCAAGCGAAACGAUGGUGGCGAGGGAACUGAGAGCCCUUGGGCGUGGCCCAGAGGAUUUCAAAGAAGCCAAGAAAAACGCCGAGAAGGAGGGUGGGACCUUUGAGUUUUCGAUCCCAGCUGCACUGGUCGAUGAUGGGUCGGGGACACAGCAGCUUCCGGCGGGUGCCAUCAGUGUUGACUCUGCGGCUAUUGAUGAGCUGCCGAUGAGCAAUAGGGGGAUGAAGCUAAACGAGGCAAAGAAGUUAAAGAGGGAGGCUCUUGCUAAGCAAGCCGCUGAAGAAGCCGAGGAAUCAGCUAGGAAGAUGGCCGAGGCAGCGAAGCUAUUGUUGGGUAGCAAUGGGACGCCUUCGGGUGGACCAUCAGAGAGUCCGAAGGAAUCUGGCGGUAAAUCAGUCAAGACGACACGCGCAAAUUCAAGGUCGAAUGCGAAACGCAAGCGGGAUGCCGAGUUAUUGAAGGCAGAGAGUGAGACACCGGAAGGUUCGGACUCACCCUCCCGCCCGGUCUUGAAAAGGACAAAGACAGAAACGCCAGUACCCCCUCCGAUUCCCGCAACUCCUAGCCAGGCCAGUGCAAACGCAAGCGAGGCACCGGCUUCAGAGACACAAUCCAACACGCACUCUCAAUUAACCUCUGGAGUCCAAGGAGGUAUACAUGUUGAGACCCCAGUGCCGAUUCCAAUGCCUCCUCAAGUGUCUUCUAAUUCAAGCACGCCAGCCCCUACCAAACCCCCCUCAAGCCCACCCGCAUCAGAUGGUGCCAACCAGGCGGAGAGCUCUUCAGUCUCUCUCAAGCCGCCGGUAGUAGAGACUUCUGUCCCUAUGACUCGAUCUGGAAGGCGCAAGUCCAACACGCCAGUUCCGCCGCCAUUACGGGAACUGCCUUCACGCGAGGUUUCCAGGCGUGAGACUCGCGGAGGUGCGGCCAAACGUUUGCAACAACAGCCACAAACCCCCGCAGAGCCUCCAGUCCCACCCCAUGAGAUUCAGCUGCCGACAAUAGAGCAGAGGAGUCGGAGAUCAGCCUCACGAGCGACCACACCGGGAAAGGGCCCCGAGGGGAAUCAGGGUCGCCGACCGGUAUCGCGAGGUAAAUCAGUUGGCCAAGAGUCCCUAGCUGCUGACCGACCACGUCGUGCUAGCACUGCCCGAAACACACCGGCACCCGAGUCUCGCCCCCCGAAGCGCACCAAGCGGCCCGCCCCCGGUGUCGUGAGCAUUACUAGAAGCGGCGGUAACAGCGCCGUUGGUAAGCGAAAGGCAGCACCAAGAAAGAAACCCCGCACCAGAAGGGAAAAGGAUCAGGACGGAGAGAUGGAGGAUGUAGACGAUGAGGGCAACCCCAUUGACCCAAACGAGCCGCGUUACUGUAAUUGUAAUCGCGUGAGUUUUGGCACGAUGAUUCAGUGUGACAAUGUUGACGUAAGUUCCUCUUAG